CCGUGUGUCACAGGGCGGGGCGGGACGAGCGCGGCGCGGCGCUCCCGGGCCUGGCGUCCUGGUUCCGCAGCCCCCGCCGCCUCCCCGGCUCUGCGCGGCCCGGCCCGGCCCCAUGUACCGCGCGCUGUACGCCUUCCGCUCGGCGGAGCCCAACGCGCUGGCGUUCGCCGCGGGCGAGACCUUCCUGGUGCUGGAGCGCAGCAGCACGCACUGGUGGCUGGCGGCGCGGGCGCGCAGCGGGGAGACCGGCUACGUGCCGCCCGCCUACCUGCACCGCCUGCAGGGCCUGGACCACGAUGUCCUCCAAGCCAUCGACCGGGCCAUUGAGGCUGUGCACAAUGCGGCCAUGCGGGAUGGGGGCAAGUACAGCCUGGAGCAGCGAGGGGUCCUCCAGAAGCUGAUCCACCACCGGAAGGAGACUUUGUCCCGUAGGGGCCCGGCCGCUGCCACCAACCCAGCAGCUCUGCCCUCAUCCACCAGUGACCACCACCUGGAUGCCUCUAGGCAGCCCAACGGGGUCUGUCGAACGGGGUUCGAGAGGCAACACAGCCUGCCCAGUUCCGAGUACCUUGGAGCAGAUGGUGGGCUCUACCAGAUCCCGCCUCAGCCUCGCCGGGCAGCGCCCACCACACCACCCCCCCCUGUGAAACGCCGAGACCGUGAGGCCCUGAUGGUCUCAGGAAGUGGAGGCCGCCACGCCACGCCCUCGGGGGGCAGCUCCGUCUGCAGCGGCUCGUCGGUCAGCAGCACGACCCUGGACACCCUCUACACGGGCUGCAGCUCGUCCGAGUCGGGCUCCAGCUGCUCGCCCACACCCCCACCCGUGCCUCGCCGAGGCGCCCACACCACCGUGUCCCAAGCUCCGGCGUCCAAGGAACCUGACCCGGAGCCCCCUGCCGAAGAGGCGGCAGAAGAAGCCUCCUCGGCCCCUGAUGCGCCGGAGGCCAAGUCUGAGCCGAGUCCCGAGGAGGCCACAGAGGAGCAGGCGCCGGCUGAGGCGGCCGUGCCCAGGACCAUCGGCGCAGAGCUGAUGGAGCUCGUGCGGAGAAACACCGGCCUCAGCCAUGAGCUCUGCCGCGUGGCCAUUGGCGUCGUGGUGGGGCACAUCCAGGCCUCCGUGCCGGCCAGCUCCCCGGUCAUGGAGCAAGUCCUCCUCUCGCUGGUGGAGGGCAAGGACCUGAGCAGCGCCCUGCCCUCGGGGCAGGUGUGCCAUGACCAGCAGCGGCUGGAGGUGAUCUUCACUGACCUGGCCCGCCACAAGGACGAUGCGCAGCAGCGCAGCUGGGCCCUGUACGAGGACGAGAGCGUCAUCCGCUGCUACUUGGAGGAGCUGCUGCACAUUCUGACCGAUGCAGACCCUGAAGUUUGCAAGAAAAUGUGCAAGAGGAAUGAGUUCGAGUCUGUGCUGGCCUUGGUGGCCUAUUACCAAAUGGAGCACCGGGCGUCCCUGCGGCUGCUGCUCCUCAAGUGUUUCGGGGCUAUGUGCGGCCUCGACGCAGCCAUCAUCUCCACGCUGGUGUCAUCCGUGCUGCCUGUGGAGCUGGCGCGGGACAUGCAGACAGACACACAGGACCACCAGAAGCUCUGUUACUCGGCGCUCAUCCUCGCCAUGGUGUUCUCCAUGGGGGAGGCGGUGCCCUACGCACACUACGAGCACCUGGGCACACCCUUCGCCCAGUUCCUGCUGAGCAUAGUCGAGGACGGGCUGCCCCUGGACACCACGGAGCAGCUGCCGGAUCUCUGCAUGAACCUGCUUCUGGCCCUCAACUUGCACCUGCCAGCCCCUGACCAGAAUGUCGUCAUGACCGCCCUGAGCAAACACGCCAAUGUCAGGGUCUUCUCUGAGAAAUUGCUGCUGCUCGUGAACAGAGGGGAUGACCCUGUGCGCAUCUUCAAGCAUGAGCCGCAGCCACCUCACUCUGUCCUCAAGUUCCUGCAGGACGUGUUCGCCAGCCCCGCCACCGCCUCCAUCUUCUACCAAACCGACAUGAUGGCCCUCAUCGACAUCGUCGUGCGGCACAUCGCGGACCUGUCCCCGGGAGACAAGCUGCGCAUGGAGUACCUCUCCCUGAUGCAUGCCGUGGUGCGCUCCACACCCUACCUGCAGCACCGUCACCGGCUCCCCGACCUGCAGGCCACGUUGCGGCGCAUCCUGGCAGAGGAAGACACCUCACCCCAGUGCCAGAUGGACCGCAUGAUUGUCCGAGAGAUGUGCAAGGAGUUUCCAGUGCUGGGAGAGGCCCCCAGCUAGCACCUUCCUGUGCUCUCCUCCCUGCAGCCCUGGGCAGGGUUGCAGGGGACCCGGAGGCUUGGCCCCCCGAGAGGAUUUUGCACUGACAGUAUAAGGGGAGGUGGCGGUGGAAGGGACUAGAAGCAGAGCCCCUCCCCACGACAUACCUGGGGGGGAGUGCUAAUGUGAGGGGCCAAGUGCAGAUUUGGGGACCAUGCUCUGGGAGCUACACUGGGGCAGGGGGAGUGUGUGAGCCAAAAACCCCGCCAUCUCCCGGUGGACUGUGUCUUCAGCAUGCCCCCUUCCCUGCGUUCUACCGUGCACACCCGAGUUCUCCCCCCAGCCCCGCAUGUGCCUGGGCCUCAGCAAGCCCUGGCCUUGGGGUGGGGGUGGGGGGCCCUCCCGCCAGCUCUGUUCUUUGCCUUAGCUUCACAGUGAGUGCUGCUCGCGUGCGCCCCACCCCGGGGGGGCUGCUGUUCCUUGCUCCCACCCCAGGGGCCUUGGCCCAGCUCCUGCCCGGGGAACAGAGGCUUGGGUCCAGGCCAGCUCUCCUGGAGCCCCACAGGAGGGAGGGAGGACACUCAGAGAGCCAACGACAGAAUCUAUUUUCUCUGUAAAAACCUAGACCGAAAAGCCAUGUGUAUUUUCCUAUGUGCUGUGACUCUCCUUUGGAAAUAAAUGACGGACCUCUA